AGAAGGGGCUCAGCUGUUGGAACACAUUCUGGUGGCCGCAUCACAGGUGCUGUUAUGACGUCAUCACCUCUCCCCUGCUCCACUCUUCCCGCUGGAGCUGUGGCUGGAGGAGGGCAGACCUCAGGGUGAUGGAACCAUCUAGCCCCUAGCCAUGGGUCCAAAACGGAGCACCAACACCAACAAGGCGAAUGCGUCAGCGGCAGUGGUCAUCCAGGCCUGGUGGCGUGGCACCCUGGUGCGCCGCACGCUGCUGCACGCCGCCCUCAGAGCUUGGGUCAUUCAGUGCUGGUGGAGGCACAAGCUGGCAAAGCUGAUGGAGUUGAGGCGGCGGACAACACUGGAGUUCUUUGCCCGGCAAGAAUGGGCGGUUGUCCGGGUGCAGUCCUGGGUCCGUAUGUGGUGCAUACGCCAGCGGUACUGCCGGUUGCUCAACGCCGUUCGCAUCAUCCAGGUCUAUUGGCGCUGGCACAAUUGUCAUACCCGUGGCUUUAUUCAGGGUGACUAUGAACUCAAAGAAGACCGACUGAAUAUUCAACUUGAAAUCUCUCUGGGCUCACAAGCUUGUAAGGUACAACAAUGCAUACCCCUUCCAAUAAAAGAAUGACGAGGUCUGCUA